GGGUGUGAAGCCCCGUGCAGAUGAGUGGGUAGCAGAGACUAAGCAAGUCAUUGUGAACCCCGAGAAAGAGAGGGAAGAUAAGCUUAGAGAGGAAGCCUUCAAGCAGAAAGAGAAGCAGAUGAUUGAGCUGAAAAAGAGUAUGAAGGAGGAUCGAGACAUUGCUGCUGCCAUCAAAGCAGAGCACCGCAAUGAUCUCAGCAAAUGCUGGGUGCACAAAGCACAGAAGGCGGUGCCGCUUCCCAGUGAAAGAUUGAAUUCUUGUGUUUAGCUUCUUGAUUCUCUGUUUAAUUUACUGUAUUUUAUGUUAAAUUGCCUGGGUUUGGUGCAUAGUAUUUCUUAGAAUUAACAGGUUAUUGAUAGUUGUUCAUAAUUUGCUUGAUAACUACCUAUGCCAUUGUGGACUGGAAAUUUUUGAACAUGUCAUUAGUUUCCACUUUUGUGAGCAACUUCAGUUUUGCUGAUUCAUAAAAUUUGGCUAAUUGCUUCUCUUGAAUUCUUUUGGAAUAGUUAUUAUCUGACAUUCAAAAUAGUGCAAAUACUUUUUUCCUCUCACUUUAUACACAGAUUGCUUAAUAGUGAAAGUUACAAGUAUUUGCAACUUUAAUGUGAGGUAUUAAACAUUUUAUUAAGACUUUAUUGAGUAUUUUAUGAAUUCUGUAAUACUAUCGGAAAUUUCAAUAGUAGUUGCAUGCUUUGCAGAUAUUAUUUAGGGAUUAAUUUACAUUAAUAAUAGAUGCUCUCACUACUAAUUUCUUACUAAUACUCAUUACUCUUAUUAUUAUUAUUCAUUCCUCAUCGUGUAAUUGUUAAUUUAAA